AUGUCAGCGUUCUCAUUGGCUAUUCUCCUCGCUCUUCUUCCCUCAUUGACCUCCUCCCUAAAAUGCCAUCAAGUCAACACUGGUAAUCUAUCAAAUCCACCGGAUACUCAAGCUACGGAAUGCGUUGCUGGAAGUUUGGCAUGCACUAAAUUAGUUGACUAUACGACAAAGACCUUUACCAAGCAAUGCCAGCAAUUCAACUGCACGUCCGGAUCCUUGAUGAAUGCUCCAGCCUCUUGUGUGAAUACGUCCACGAUAGGAAGAGAAUCAACCAGUUGUUGCUGCUAUGGAGACGGAUGCAACUCUGCACCAUUCGGCUCAUUAUGGACAGCUUUUACCGCUACGGCAGUGAUCGUCAUCGGAAAGGCACUGUUUGUUUAA